UGUGCUGCACAUGCCUGUGUGUGUGUGUGUGUGCGCAUGCCUGUGUGUGUGUGCUCAGCGCUUGCUCCCCAGAGACCCUGCACUAUGCCACGCAGUAGGUCAUCUGAGCAAACACCCACCACAGGCCCUCGUCCACCACCCGGAACCCCAGCGGCUACACCAGCCCUCGUCCACUCCUGUCCACCAUGCUGCCCCAAGGCCGGCCGUGUGAGCGCUGAAGCUGAAGCUGGAGCGGCGCGUAUGAUGUCCUCACCCGUAAAUAAUGUACAUGCAACUCCGAGGGCUGCGGGGGCUGGCCAGGGGACAGUUCUUCUACCGGAGACUGGUCAAGCUGCAGGAGCAGGAACAGGGGUCUGGAAAGGGUGGACGCGGCGGAGCAGUCCGGGGCGAGCAGGCCGAGGGGGAGGAGGGGGCCGCGUCCGAGGAGGAGGAGGGGGGCGCCAUCAUCCCCUGCCCCUAUCUGGACCGGCCCGUACUGGACAAGCUGCUGGAGGAGGGCUUUGCGCCGGGCGGCGGCGUCCACUUCGCCUGCGCCUGCAUGCAGGGCUGGAGGGCCACUAUGGAGGACUUCCACAACUGCUUCCCGCAGCUGUGCGGCGCGCUGGCCGACUGGGCGUUCUUCGCCGUGUUCGACGGCCAUGCAGGCAGCGUAGUGGCCGAGCACUGCUCUAGGAACCUCCUAGAGCACAUACUGGCCACGGGCUCCGUGGGUCUGGAGGAGGACGUGGAGCGUGUGACAGAGGGCAUCCAUGAGGGUUUCCUCAGCAUGGACAAGCAGCUGCACAGUGUGGCCACGCGCGAGGGCUGGGAGCGAGGCGGUACCACCGUAGUGUCCACCCUGCUGACGCCCCAGAGCAUCUACUUCGCCAACCUGGGCGACUCGCGGGCGCUGCUGUGCCGAGGCGGCCGAGUGGCCUUCGCCACCGCUGACCACAAGCCCUACGGCCCGGCGGAGAAGGAGCGCAUCGAGCGUGCGGGCGGCUCUGUGGCUCUGCAGCGAGUCAACGGCUCCCUGGCCGUGUCCCGAGCGCUGGGCGACUUCGGCUACAAGACGGCGGAGUGGCGCUCGGCGCGCGAGCAGAUGGUGUCGCCAGAGCCUGAGGUGACCGUGGUGGAGCGCUCGCCGAUGGACGAGUUCCUCAUACUGGCCUGCGAUGGAGUGUGGGACGCCAUCAGCAACGAUGACCUCUGCGAGUUCGUCAGCAGUCGGCUGCGUGUCUGCACUGACCUGAGGGAGGUCUGCUCCCAGGUCAUCGACCUCUGCCUCUACAAGGGGAGUCUGGACAACAUCAGCGUGGUCCUGGUGUGCUUCCCUGCCGCUCCUCAGCUGUGCCCAGAGGCCCUGCACCAGGAGGCGGAGCUGGACGACCUGCUCGAGUCCAAAGUGGCAGAGAUCUUCGAGGAGCUGAGUGGUAGGGGGGAGGACCCUGACCUGCUGUCUGUUCUCACGGUUCUGGCCUCAACUGUAAUUCCAGGGCUGCCACCAGGGGGAGGGCUUCAGAGCAAGCGCAACUGCAUCAUCUCCGCUUACUACCAGCAAAAGGAGGCGCGGCAGCUGAGGUUAUCUCAGGAAACGGGUGGAGCAUCAGAGACCUUCUAAUUGUAAUAAUUAAUUGUUGCAGUAUGUCAAAGGACUAUCCAAUACCAUGUUAGAAUCCCACAUGUGCGAAAUAUACAAGAGGAUUCAUUAUUUGCACAAGUAUUUUUCAAAUGCCACAUUGAUACAUGUGACGUUUGAUAUUGAAAUGACUGUAUUUUUUAUUUUACAUUUUUAUUUUAUUUCUCUUUAUUUUUUCUAAAUAUUUUUUCUUUUUGAAGAUAAUGUUUAGGAGUUCUUCUGAUGUGCACGUGAAACUUAGACUACUACUGCAAAUGAUCUGAUGUGCACGUGAAACUGAGACUACUACUGCAGAUGAUCUCCCAGUUUUGGACGUGACCAGAUUCAGGCCAAAUCCACGCCAUACCCAUGCCAGAUUCAGGCCAAAUCCACGCCAUACCUAUGCCAGAUCUGGGUGGGAUCGGUUGCAGACUCUUCUAGGGGUCGUUUCAACAAGAUCAAUAACGCAUUCAGUGAGACGAGGGAAGAAACCAGGCGAAGGUUUUAUUGAAUACAGAGUUGUCAGUGCCAUAGCAUCACUGAUAGAGAUCAACUGUACUGAAUAUUUGAUUGUAAUCCCACGACCGAUGACGUCACAUGAAAGCUUGUCUUUUGAGAGGCUUUUUCCCUUGAUGUAUGUCAUGUCAUGUUGCCAAGGAGAUUAGGUGGUGCAGGUGCAGUUCAUUGUUAAACCCUUGGUCCGCAUAAAGGAAUGACACGUUUCUGUGAGCUAGUCCAAGGCAUGCACUAGUCUUAUUUCAGUCUUUCCAAGGCCAGACUAAACCCCUCAGAGUCACAUUAUAAGCUUGCUCUCC